GUCAGUAAUAGAAGCCGAAGGAAGUGACGUAAGCGGAAGUGCAAGCAUAAUCAGAGAAGCUCCAUAAAUAACGAAUCUAACCCCUUGUCUGGAACUAGCGAGACGAGAAGGCGGCAAAGAUGUCGGAGCGCAAAGUUUUAAACAAAUACUACCCUCCAGACUUCGACCCUUCAAAGAUCCCCAAACUCAAGCUCCCCAAGGACCGGCAGUACGUAGUGCGGUUGAUGGCCCCGUUCAACAUGAGGUGUAAGACGUGCGGAGAGUACAUCUACAAGGGCAAGAAGUUCAAUGCUCGCAAGGAGACGGUGCAGAACGAGGUCUACCUGGGCCUGCCCAUCUUCAGGUUCUAUAUCAAGUGCACGCGCUGCCUGGCCGAGAUCACUUUCAAGACAGACCCUGAAAACACCGACUACACCAUGGAGCACGGGGCCACGCGGAACUUCCAGGCGGAGAAACUCCUGGAGGAGGAGGAGAAGCGGGUGCAGAAGGAGAGGGAGGACGAGGAGCUGAACAACCCCAUGAAGGUGCUGGAGAACCGCACCAAGGACUCCAAGCUGGAGAUGGAGGUGCUGGAGAACCUGCAGGAGCUGAAGGAGCUCAACCAGCGCCAGGCGCACGUGGACUUCGAGGCCAUGCUGCGGCAGCACCGCCUGUCGGAGGAGGAGCGCCGGCGGCGGCAGCAGGAGGAGGACGAGCAGGAGACCGCGGCCUUGCUGGAGGAAGCGCGGAGGCGACGGCUGCUGGAGGACUCAGACUCUGAGGAAGAGGCCGCGCCCGCCCCGCCCCGGCCCGCGCUGCGGCCCCAGCCCACCGCCAUCCUGCACGAGGCCCCGAAGGCCAAGAGGAAGGCAGAGAGCGCGGGCAGGGCCCAGCUGUCGGGCCUGGUCGUGGUGAAGAAGACGAAGACGGCCGCAGCGGGGAGCACGGGGCAGGGCCCCAGCCCAGGUGCCUCGGAGAGCAAGAAGACCACAGACCCUGCACCCCGCACGCCUGGCACCUCCUCCCUGAGCCAGCUGGGCGCGUACGGGGACAGUGGGGACAGCGACGGCAGCAACUGAGAGCCCCACCCAGGCCCAGGGCAUCUCAGGUCUCGGUGCGGCCGUCCGAGGCGGGAGCUGCUCAUGGUCUGGGCAGGAGGCUGCACACGACCUGGGCCACGGGCAGCAGCAGCAGCGUCACCCAGGCCGAGGGCCAGCCAGGCUGCGGGGGACUCGGUUUCUCUGCCACCUGCAGCGGCCCUGCGGCACCUCAGGUUCCUUCCCACCUGCAGGGUCCAGGGUUGAGCUCCUGCAAGCCCAGCGCCCGCGGCCUCCCGGCCUCUUCCCGGGCAGGUCUGAGGGCAGCCGUGUUCUGGGAUGGGGGCGUCCUUCCCUACUUGGCUCCCUCCCUCGCCCCCUAGAACUGUCUAGAACCAAUAAAAGGGCCUUGCCGCACUGGCCAGGCACCUUCUCUCUGCCAGGAUCUAGCAGGGUUUGGGGUGGCCCCGGGCUCCGCGGGCCCCGCGUACCACUGUUGGUGCCCGGAUCCCGCGUCUGCUCCUUUGCUGUCGCUGCAGCGCCGCGCCUGAGGUCGGGCCCUUUAUAAAGAAGUUGGUUUGGCUCACAGCCCCCGAGGCUUGGCUCUGGCAAGGGCCACCGUAACCGCGUUGCCUAGCGGGUGGCAUCACAUGUGGCAGCAGUGGGUGCCAGAGGGACAGGUCACUCGGUGAGCCGGGAGCAGAGCUGGGGAGGCCCGGCUCACCGUGGGGUGGCCCAGGUCUGGGAGACAGCAGUUCCUUCCAAGGACCGCCCUGUGACCAGCCACCUCCACCCUCCCUGCUCAGGGACGCUCCCCACACCUGAGCCACACCCAACCACAGCAGCAUCCCUCCCCGGGACAGGUGUCCCCUGCUCAGUGGCUGCCUGCUGGGGUGGGCCGGAGGUGGGACUGCACACGGGAAGGAGGUGCGUGCUGGUGGCUGGGGCGCCCCAGGGCAGAGGGGCUCGGAGCGGGGUGCUGGCGGCCCGGGAGGCCCCAGGUUCAUCCCAGCACCACAAAAAUAAACAAGUAAGUAGAAAAGGGGGAGAGGUGGGCCAGGCCUCGGGUGUGGCUUAGGGACGUCUCCGGGUUGGGCAAGGCCUGGGGCUGGCCCUGUCCCAAUGUGACCUUAUAAAGGGGGAUUUGGAGCCAGGUGCAGUGACCACCCCUGCCACCCCGGCUACUCAGGAGGCCGAGGAGGAGGAGGAAGAUGGCAAGUUGGCAGCCAGGCUGGGGGCUCCGUGGUGGAGCACCCCAGGUCCCCCCACCCCGUACCAAAAAUAAAGGGAACUUGGACAGCAGGCGGGAGGACAGUGGGGGGGCGGGCCCUGAAGGGCACUGGGCUCCCAGAGCCUGGGGGAGGCAUGAAGGACCCACUAGGUUCCAAGGGAGCCCACCCUGCUGGCCUCCACAGAGGGUAGCAGAAAUGGGUCCCAUGAGGCGCUCGCGGAUGGGCGGAGGCCUCCCUGGGGGACACCUGGCCGUUCCCUUGUUUGCGACGCCUGACCCUCAUGUGCGUGUUCCUCACAUGCCAUCUCCACCUCUGUCCUCUCUUCUGAGGACUCUUGAAAAUGGAGACCGUCAGGAAGGACCUCCAAAGGAUGGUUUGUGUUGCACUAACCGGGGACGGAGGGGCAGGGCCCUAGAGAGGGGGCUUAGCACAGCAGUGCAAAGGGCCUGGGGCAGGACCAGCCAGUGGAGCAGAGGAGCCCAGUGGGCUGGGGAGGGCUCCACGGGGUCUUGAGAGCUCGCCAUGGCCUGUGUCUGCCCUGAGCCCGCGUUCCUCUGGUUGUGUGGGUGGUUGUACUUGGGGCCUGAUGGCAGCGCUGUGCGGCCGAGACCUGGCACGGCACGUGUUGGAGACUGACGUGACUUGCCAAGGUUCCUUGUCCCCUGGGUACCCCUCGUCAGAGGGAGGAGCUGCACCCUCCUGAGGCAGGCUGCCUUGGGGACCAGCUGGGGCCCUUGGGGGCAGGGACGUCCCUUGGAGACUGGUAUAUGGGACUUGGAGCUUCUUGAUGGCAGCCCCUGGAGACCCUGAGCAGGGCCGCCCGGCCAGGCCCGUCAAGGGUUCCUGGCUUUCAGAACCAGGAGGUGGGGCGUUGUUUGGUGCCCAGUUGGGGGACUGUGUCCUGGCUGCGGUGGGUCACUAGCGUGGUGGCUGGCCCCAACUCUGAACAGCUCUCCUCCUCGGGGGUGGCCACAUGUCCCCGAUUCUCUGGCUCCAGGAGCAGCUACUGGGAGACCCACCCCACUUCUCCAGCACCUGGGUGGCCUCACCCAGACGGGCACACUGACUGGGGUACACACUGACUGGCGUUUGGUGGUCGCGUUUCGGGAGGUGGGGUCUCCCUCCUGUGACUUCUCCAUGUGGAGCCUCGUGGCCUCAGCCAGGCUCCCGGAGGGGAAGCCCAGGGAGGAAGGGCCACCUGAGACCCUCCCUCGGGGUCAGGGGCUGAAGCACUUUUAUGGGAGGAUGUCCCUGUGCUGGGACAGGGGCCCUGACAUCCUGGGUGCCCGCAGACUUCUUUCAGGCAGAUUCUGCAAGUGAGCACCCUUCAAGGAGGAGGGAGGGACGGUCCCUGAAUGAUUAGGGGACAGUGGGGGUGGCAAAGCAGCUCUGCAGAUGGCUUCCUGGGAAGGCGCUCCAGGACCAGCCAGAGCUCCCUGACAAGGCCCCGGGGUGACAGUGGCAGCUGGUGACAGUCAUUGGAUGUGCGCGUCUUCUGUCUUCUGCAUUCAGCAAUGUUUAGCAGCUUCACAUGUCUGCGGGGAGGGCUUGGCGCACCAGAGAGCAUCCCAGCUCUAGAGGGUAGCUGCCAGCAUCUCCCGACACACCACCGCCUCUCCCCCACGUCACGCCCACUGGCCAGCCUUUCCCAGGCCCUUGCUCUAAAGCACCCUUUUGCUUAAAUUCUCGUUUUUCAGGCACUGGGGAUUGAACCCAGCGGUAACCCACCACUGAGCCACUCCCAGCCCUUUUUUUUUUUGAGACAGUCUUGCUAUGUUGCUGAGGCUGGCCUCAAGUUUGUGAACCUCCUGCCUCAGCCUCCUGAGUUACAGAGAAUGUAGGUGUACACCACUGCACCUGGCUUCUCUGGUUUCUUUUGAUUUAUUCACACUUAACUUUUGCCAAGUUCAUGGAGCAUCUAUUACUAUUAUUUAUCUAACAGCACUAAAUUUUAAUCUGACCACAUUCUAAACUGCAAAAUUAAAAAAAAUAGAAACAAUACAUAUGAAAAUGUAGUAUAGUGGAGUUAAUAUAAAAAUAAGGAUUUUGUAUGAUGUAUUCUAUUACAUUAGGUACAGUAAUAAAAUAUAAGUCAAAUAAAUGCAAACUGCAACCACAGGCCAAAUCUGGCCCUGGGUCUGUCUUUAUAAAUAAAGUUUUAUUGACAGCCUGA